AUGGCGUCGAAAUUACUAGGCUCCGGACCACAUGUGUACGUCCUGCUCUGGCGCGACUGUGGUGGCAAUGAAUUUGUCGCCCUCGGCGCGUACGCGCAUCUCAAGGACGCCAACACGGAGGCCAAACGCCUGGGCAAGGAGCAGCUCUCCGACGGCCUCACGUACAGCAGUAUGCAGGCCGACCUCAAGGCCCAGGACUCGGAACCUCUGCGGCUGUCAUCGAAAUACACCAUUGAUCAAUCUGCACCACAGGAAAGACCAGAGGAAACGCGGCACCACUUUGCUGCCCACCCUCCCAUGAUGCGGACCUCUCGACUGUCCAAAGACACGGCAGCCAUACUGGGUGCAGUACCCCCAUUACCGUCCCCGCCUCGUCGAACGACACGCAGCUCUCUCGCCCGAUUUGCCUUUCACGAGUCGACCGUGCCAUCCUCCUCUCGAACUCUCGCCACAGCGCCCCCGACCCCCGACAUUGAAGAUGGCCUGGAAACGAACCCCCGAAAACGCCGCCGCGUGGUCACAAAGGUCGAGCCCGUGAUCAAGGCACCGCCUUCCCCCGACUCCAAACCCCCUUCCGAGUCACCACGAAAGCGCCGGAAGCCGGCUCGCGUCAUCAAAGGCGAGUCGCCCUCGGGAGACACGGUCGAGGGCCCGUCAGACUGGGAAGAGAUGUACGAGCUUGUUCGUCAGAUGCGUCUCUGCGGCCCCGCGCGUGACGCCGCCGUCGACACCAUGGGCUGCGAGCGCCUCUUCUCGCCAACGGCCAGCGACCGCGACCGCCGCUUCCAGAUCCUCAUCUCCCUGAUGAUGUCGAGCCAGACAAAAGACACCGUCAAUGCGGUGGCCAUGGGCCGAUUGCACGAUGAGUUGCCGCCCCAUGAAGCGGGCGCGCCACCAGGGUUGAACCUCGAGAACAUAUUGGCCGUCCAGCCUGCGAAGCUCAACGAGCUCAUCAGAGUCGUGGGUUUCCACAACAACAAAACAAAGUUCAUCAAGCAGGCGGCGCUCCUCCUCCGCGACAACUUCGACGCCGACAUUCCCCCGACCAUCGACGGCCUCACCUCGCUCCCCGGUGUCGGCCCCAAGAUGGCCCACCUCUGCCUCUCCGCCGCCUGGGGCCGCACCGAGGGCAUCGGCGUCGACGUCCACGUGCACCGCAUCACCAAUAUGUGGGGGUGGCACAAGACGGCGAGCCCCGAGGCCUCGCGCCUUGCCCUCGAGGCCUGGCUGCCCCGCGACCGCUGGCACGAGAUCAACACACUGCUCGUCGGCCUCGGCCAGACCGUGUGCCCGCCACAGGCCGGCCGGCGGCGGUGCGGCGAGUGCGACCUCGGGCUGCGCGGCCUGUGCCGCGGUGCGGACCGGAAGAAGGUGGCGCUGGGACGGGCGGCGGAGCCCGAGGGCGUGAAAGUGAAAGAAGACGACGUACCCAAGAUGGACGUCCUUGCGUCAGAGUUUUUCGAGACGCGGGUGAUCAAAGAGGAAGGCCACAUGCUGGACGACAAGGUGGUCAGCAUCAAGCAGGAAGCGAUACAUGACGAGUGA